UUUAAUAUAUAUUCUAUUUUUAUAAUCGACUUAAUAUUUAUAUUCUAUAUUAAAAAAUAUAAUAAAAAUAUAUUUUUCUCAUUUAAUUAAUUAUUAAAAAUGAUUUUUAUUUAAUUAAUAAUAAGUGAUAAACUUAUUUUAUUAAUAAUAAGUGAUAUGGUUAUGUUGACAGUGAAAACGGUGAAGUAAAUAAAUGUAAAUAAUACAACAUAACCCUUAUAUUAUCAUAAAAAUAUCAUUAUAAAAUAAACUUGAAAUAAAUACCUUUAAUUCUUAUAAGUACUAUGGAUACAAAUACAAAAUUAUGUCAGGGUAAGGACAUUUUUGAAAGAAUGAACUACUUAUACCAGGCAAGUUACUUGAUGGCUUUAAAAAAUAGAGUAGCAGCAUCAUAUUAUGGAAACAUAAUGGUUGGUUGUGCAAAAAAAAUCUGUUUUAAGAAUAGAACCUGAUAUUAAGAGAACAAUUUGUAAAUGUUGUCAAUCUCCCCUUAUACCUGGGGAAACUGCAAAAGUACGAUUAAUAUCAAAACCUAUAAAAAGUAUAAAAUGGACAUGUUUAACAUGUUUAAGUAUUAAAAGAUACCCUACAAAAAAAGGAUAUAAAUUAUGGAUAGAACAACCAAAUUCAGUAGUCCAAAUUUUUAAUUAUGGACCAAAAUUAUUAGAUGAUAAAUCUAAUAAAAAAGAAAAAAAUAACUUGGAUAAAAAAGAACAUAUGGAUAUUGAGAAGAAUUGAAUAUACACAGAUUUGAAUAUUUAUUUUCACAUGAUGUGAGAUGUGAUGAAUGUUGAUAUAUGAAUACUUUUUUUUAUCAAUGACUUACAUAAAAUAUGUUACAAUAAAUUUAUAACCAAUAAACAGAUACUUUUACUAACUAUAAUAUUCGUAACCACCUAGUAAUAUUAUGAUACUGAUAUUAGUUUUACAUUAAAUGUUUAUAGACAUAA